AUGUGGAAGUGCGAAGGCCAGAAUCGAGAAUACAUCGCUCACUGCGCUGUUGAAAAUGGCAAGCAAAAGUGCUUCGAGAUAAAGAAUGCUCUUUUAGAGGUAGAGGAGUUUACGGACAGCGCGCACGCAUACAACAUCAGAAAAUCGGUAAUAAUAUAAUAAUUUGAAGUACCAUAUGUUUUAAUUAUCUUUCGAAUUCUAAAUUUAGUUGCGAUUGAUGUGUGAAAAGUGGAUAAGUGGGGAGGUACCUAAAUUUCAUGUUGGUGUGUCUGACAAUGCUUCCAAUGUGACACUUGCUCUUAAAAGUGAGACGGUCCUUGAGGCGCCAGAAGAGCUUUGUGCCUGGGCAAUGGUUGAACCCAAAGAGUCGGACGAUGAUGAUGAAGAUCUUUUCCCACCAUUAGCAGCCAUACAUGAAAGAUCGGUGGGAUGUUUUGCACACUUGCUCAACCUUCUAGUUGAAGUAAAUACUAAAUUUCCUUCUGUACUGCACUUGCACAAGUUAUCAUUGUUAACCCAUUAAGUGGCAUUGCACCCUGAUGCACCCUACUUUAGUAUUUUACUCUGUCUAACGCCAGACAAUUUUACUCGUCAAGGGGAGAACGCUGGUGCUUAAAGGGUUAACUGGCCUAUCUGCUCAUGUGUUUAGUUAACCCAUUGAGUGGCAGUGCACCUUGAUGCACCCUACUUUAGUAUUUUACUCUGUCUAACGCCAGACGAUUUUACUCGUCAAGGGGAGAGCGCUGGUGCUUAAUGGGUUAAACGAAUUGUUAAACAAUGCUUUGUCUGCCGUAAGGCCCAUAUUAUGUUUUACCUACGAGGUUUACCUUUCAUAUAAGCAAUAAGCCAAACAGCAAUAAGCUGUCACUGCAAACAAAUUGUUACAAAAACAAAGUAAGUAUGAAUUAUGAAAACAAAAUCAUGUUUCUCAUUGACGUUGUUCCAACGGUUGUUACAGUUCACAUUUCCUUGUGGCAUUGUCAAUUCUGACAUUUUAUUUCUUCAACAUAUAGACAAUCAAUGCCAGUUGCUCGAGCGUUCAAGGAGGCUCAAGAUGCAAUGCCUUGUGAGAAGGGUAAGACGCCUGGUGCCCUUGUUAAAAAUGUAUCAACCCGCUGAACACAUCAUUGGCCAUGUUCAGGUAAAUCGUGACUUAUUUGCAGCAUUCGUGGAUUUGAUAAACUUAUUUAUUAGCAUCCGAAUAGCUGUGACCUAAUUGAGCUUGCUAUAGCUUUGUAACAUAACAAUGUACCUUUUGUUGUUGCAGAUCUUUUGUAAAAAACAAAGCAGCUCUUGCGAUAUUUCUGCGCCGAUUUCGUGAGUUGAGUCUUCCUCUGUUACCAGCGUCUUUGGGAACUCAAAGCAACUUGUGGAACAUUUUGGAAGGACUUGUCAAAGUUCUCACCCCCUUUGAAGAUGCAACCCUUCAAGUUAGCAAGGAUGAGGCAACAUUGUCAGAGUGUAUCCCUUAUGCUCACACAUUGGUAAGUAAUAUAAUUAAAACAAAGACUGACUGGCACUAGUACAUUCGGGGCUUCUGGUUGACUGGUUGUUCAGUUUGGUCAUUAUAUUACUUCUUUCUUCAAUUUUUAUUUUCCCAUACUUUCUAGCUUAGAUCCCUUGAAAAUCUUCAUCACCCAACUGACGAUGAACCACCUGUUACUGGACUGGAAUCGUUUAUAACUGUUCUGAAAGAGAGGAUCAAACCCUGACCUUACAAAUUUCUACCUUCCUAAAUCCAAGGUAUACACAAGUCGUAUAAUAUGAUACUCGUAUUUUGCUUUUAGAAAUUUUUAAACGAUGUCCCCAAUAUCUAAUGAUUAAAAAUAGCAUCUAGUUGUUAUUCCCCAUCAUGGCAAUAAUAACAAUAUGACAUUACAUAUUCUCAGCAAAUAAACUUGCUGAACGUGCCAUUAGCCCAUUACCUAAAAGCAUGAUGAGUGACUUGAGUUUGUUUUAUACAUUUUUCUGCUACAGAUUCAAACUACUUCUUAUUGAUGAGGUUGAGCAAGAUGCCGUCCGGGAGGCUGUGUUAAGGAGUUUGUUCAAUAGCAACGCGAGAGCGUCAGGUGUUGAAGGUGCUGCGACUGAAGGUGAACCUCCAGAGGUUCAUACGUCACACAAAGGGUCACUGCUGACAACACUGACGAAUAUUGUGAGUGAACGCAUGGCCAUGGGGAGUGGAGGUGUAGCUACUGAAUGGCAACCAUUCCUGAGUGCAGAGCAAAAACUUACUGCCUACCUGUCAGAGCCAGACGGCAAAAUCAAUGCUCAGGAUUUACUGGUAUUCCCACAAAAAAUGGCAAAUGGCCUGCUUUGA